AUGUCUACUGGCUGGCUCCAACUCACACCAAUGGACGUUCCCUCCUUCAUCUGCAGCAUGUACAUCAUAUGGGGCGUCCACAGGCUCGACUUGGGCUCGAAACUCUUCACAGAUCUCACGAAUGGACCCAUUCGUGAAUGGGAUCAACUUGAAGCCAAACAGAUCACGUUGAGCCGGCUCCCAUGCGUCGUGGCGAACGCCAUGUGGCUGGCGCACUUCAAAGGAAGUACUCUGGCCUGGAUAAUCUUCAUGAUUGCAGCUCUCAUGGCAUGGGACGCCGAAAUGAAAGCGAUCAUGCGUCACUUCAAGGUUAGGAUGGAUGAAGUGUAG